AUGACACCCGCCCACUGCAUGACCGAUGACGAGAUCAAGAUAUUAAAAGCAGACACCCGCCACCUCUUCUACCACGGAUACGACAACUACAUGCUCCACGCCUUCCCCGACGACGAACUGAAACCCCUCUCCUGCCAACCCCAGACCCGGAAUCGGGACAACCCGGCGGAUAUCGGGUUGAAUGAUGUGUUGGGUAAUUACAGCGUCACGCUGAUUGAUUCGUUGUCUACCUUGGCCAUCUUGGCUAGUGAUGAGGAUGAACGACAUGCGAAACAUGCUUUGAUGGAGUUUCAGGGCGGGGUGAGCAAGUUGGUCGACUUGUAUGGGGAUGGUAGUAAGGAUGAGAAGACUGGGGGGAGAGAUUGUGGGACUCGAGCAUGUGCCUUCCAUCUGGAUAGUAAGGUCCAGGUGUUUGAGACGAAUAUCCGCGGUGUAGGUGGCUUACUCAGCGCGCAUCUUUUCGCGGUUGGAGAUUUACCGAUUCGAGGAUAUGAUCCUACACCGGACAAGGAUGGCAGGAUCAAGUGGAAGGGGUUGAGGUAUGAUGGACAACUCCUACGACUCGCGCAUGAUCUGGCUGAGAGGCUACUCCCGGCUUUCGACACACCGACUGGGAUGCCCUAUCCGAGGGUGAACUUGAGACACGGCAUCCCGUUCUAUCGCGACUCGGAGGCGGGGGUAUGUCGGUUGGAUGGUACUUCUUCCGAUCCUCGCGAGAUCACCGAGACGUGCUCGGCUGGAGCUGGGAGUCUGGUGCUGGAGUUUGCUACGCUGAGUCGGCUAACUGGGGACAUGAGAUUCGAGGGACUGGCCAAGAGGGCAUUCUGGGCUGUGUGGCGGCGGAGAAGUGGGUUGGGGUUAAUUGGCGGUGGAAUCGAUGCCGAGAGUGGCAUGUGGACUAGUCCGCCACUCGCAGGUAUCGGAGCAGGGAUCGACAGUUUCUUCGAGUAUGCGCUGAAAAGCCAUAUCCUGCUCUCCGGCCUCUCACCUCCCGCCACGCCGAACGAAACCACAUCAGACGACAACCAACCCAACGACUCCUCCUCCGCCUUCCUCACCGCCUGGCAAGACUCCCACGCCGCGAUCAAACGCCACAUCUACCGCCCUGCCUCCGUUUCCCAACACCCAUACUACGCGCAAUCCGACCUCCUCACCGGCGCACCACGCUAUACCUGGAUCGACAACCUAUCAGCCUACUACCCGGGCCUCCUGACCCUAGCCGGCGAACUGGAAGAAGCGAUCGAAGCCCACUUAACCUACGCCGCUCUCUGGACCCGCUACGCCGCUUUGCCGGAGAGAUGGAUGGCGCAUAAUUCCUUCGUCGACCCCAGUUUUCGCCAUUGGGCCGGGCGCCCGGAGUUCGUGGAGAGUACUUGGUAUCUUUUCCAGGCUACGCGGGAUCCUUGGUUCUUGCAUACGGGGGAGAUGGUGCUGAGGGAUGUGAGACGGAGGUGCUGGGCGAGGUGUGGAUGGGCUAGUUUGGCGGAUGUGGGGACCGGGGAGCAGAUGGAUCGGAUGGAGAGUUUUUUCUUGGGGGAGACGGUCAAGUAUUUGUUUUUGCUUUUUGAUGAGGGGCAUCCGUUGAAUGGGGUGGAUGGCGCUGUGGUGUUUUCUACGGAGGGGCAUCCGCUUGUUAUUCCGAAGAGGGUGAGGAAGGCUGGUAGUGGGGGUGGCGGUGAAGGCGUGCGAGCAGGUCGGUCGACAACGACGACGAAGACCGCAUCACGGAAUGUGGACGCGGCGACAGCCGAAGCACCGGGACCGCAACAACCACCGGCCCCCACCUGUCCCGCACCCGCACCGCCUAUCCCCCUAACCAUCAGCAACGUCGCCGCCCGCCCCGACCUCUUCCACGCCGCUUCCCUGGCACAACUCCAUCUCGUCCCUAUCCACCCUUCCCGCACCCCCCUCAAUGCACCACUCCAGGACCCAGCGGACCUCAGCUCCGGACCGGGGACUACACUACAGGAUCUCCAGAGUCCGACGAAUUAUACUUUCUACCCUUGGACAUUACCGAGGGAUUUGAUCCCCGUGAAGGGGAGGAGUAGUCCGAUUCGAUCGCCGGUUACUUCGACCUUGACGUUUCCGAAUUUGGGGACCGUGGGUGCGGCUGAGGGUAGUAGUGGUGGUGGUGGCGGGGUUGGUGGUGAUGGGGAAGGGAAAAGUGGUGCGCCGGGGGUCGUGGCGCUGGGAGCGCUGCAGAAGGUACUAGAGGGCGUUUUUGUCAACUCAUUGAGUCAUGUCCGGCUGAACAUGGUGCGGGAGGAUAAGCACGUCGCAUUGGCUCCGGCUGCUUCUUCGCCUGCGGAUGUUGUUGGCGGCGCUGUCGGUACGCCGGGUAUGAACAGUGCCCCAGGCUCGGAAUUCAGGAUCCAUGGCAUUGCGAACUGGGCGCUUGGCAGGGAUGAGAAGGUUUUGGUUGCCCGGGAGGCGUUGGAGAGGGUUAGUCCGGUGGAUCCGCAUUUUACAAGGGUUAAGGAUUUGGAGAUGGUGGAUUUGGUGGUGGAUACGGUGGUCUGGGGAAGAGAGAAUACUGAGUGGGGGCCGGAUGUGACGGAGGGGGAUGGCGUGCUUGAUGAAGACGGUGAUGUGGAGCUGGAGUGGCCGGAUAUUGAUAUUGAGAUCGAAGAUGCUGGGGUGGAGGGGAUGGAGAAUGGGACUGUGGACUCGGGACUCUGGACGAGUCUGGAGGCUAUGUUCGCUUCCCUUCUCGGCUCGCAACCGACACCGACGCCUCCGUCUUCGGCUAACAAGAACCCUUCCACCAGGCUCGCCCGCGUAGUCAUCCCCGCCAUCCUUCCCAUGGGCGUAGGCGCAGCGCCCUUCCCAGCCUCCCUCGAAAGCGCUAGCGAUCCCCUGACCCUACCCGGCGGCAAACUGCCUUUCACCUCAAUCUUCUUCCUCGACAGCACACUCUGCGACCACCGACUACCGGCCCAUGUCGCGAAGGAGAAUACCAUUCUCAUCCUCCUCCGCGGCGGCUGCGCGUUCAACGAUAAAUUGGCUAAUAUCCCCACCUUCGGCCCCGGACCCGAGAGCUUACAACUCGUCAUCGUCGUCUCCACACCCGAAAGCCUUUCCGAGGGCGAGAGGGCUGAGGGAGGGAAAGAGGGGUUGAUACGGCCGUUGUUGGAUCAGGUGCAGAGAUCACCGUCGGGAUUGGUGAGGAGAGAUGGUAUUGCUAUGGUUAUGGUUGAGGGGGAUGAGGAGACUGUAAGGGCGUUGAAGGGCGCGGCGAGGAAGAUAGGGAUGUUUGGGGAAGAUGGGGGGUUGGUUGUGGAGGAUGGGGAGGGCGUGAGAGGUGGAGGUGUUGGUGGUGAGACGGGAUUGGCGGUCAAGAGGAGGUUUUGGUUCGAGAGUAUGGGGGUUCCGAUUGGGAAUUUGAUUGUGGUGUGA